AAACUCAAUGGGUGAAUGGCAUUAAUUUGUGCAGCAGAAAUUGGUUGGGAGAUUCAAUGCAACCCAACGAGUUUAAUGGCUCUGAAUUUGAUAAGAACCAGAGAUCUCUCCCUUUCGAAAUUGGAGUUUCCAUCGAUGGCAAAGAGAGUAAGGAUGGUAUCAGUGUUCUUACUUACUUUGCUCCUCUCCUUGUCGUCCUCUCACAAAAAAUUAUUCAAUGAGGCAACCGAACACACCGAAAAGCUAGCAUUUCAUGGCUUCCAUAAAUCGUACCUUCAAAUUUAUAACAACUCCAAAUAUGGAAUUUUGCAGCUCGACAAUGGUUUGGGAAAAACUCCUCCCAUGGGAUGGAAUAGUUGGAACCAUUUUGGCUGCAGUAUAGAUGAAAGGGUCAUCAAAGAAACUGCGGAUGCACUUGUUGCUACGGGACUGGCUGAGUUAGGCUAUGUAUACGUCAACAUAGAUGAUUGCUGGGCCAACCAACAGAGAAUUCUGGUAAUCUCUCCUUACUUGGCUCCUGAUCUCAAAACUUUUCCCUCAGGGAUUAAAGCCCUUGCUGAUUAUGUACAUGGGAAAGGCUUGAAGCUUGGAAUAUAUGGCGAUGCUGGGCAAUUAACUUGCCAGAAGCGACCAGGGUCGCUCGGCUUUGAACUUUGGGAUGCAAUGAUGCUAGCAUCUUGGGAGGUGGAUUAUUUGAAGUAUGAUAACUGUUAUGAUAUGGGAAUCAGUCCAGAAGAAAGAUACCCACCAAUGCGUGAUGCCCUAAAUUCAACUGGCCGAAACAUUUUCUACUCAAUUUGUGAAUGGGGCGUUGAUGAUCCGGCAUUAUGGGCUCCCAGAGUUGGAAAUAGUUGGCGUACAACAAUUGAUAUAAGUGAUUCAUGGGAAAGCAUGACUAGAAUUGCAGAUAUCAACGAUAAGUGGGCAGAGUAUGCAGGACCUGGUGGUUGGAAUGAUCCAGAUAUGUUGGAAGUUGGCAAUGGUGGCAUGACCUAUCAAGAAUACAGAAGCCAUUUUAGCAUAUGGGCUUUAAUGAAGGCCCCUCUGUUGAUUGGUUGUGAUGUGAGAAACAUGUCUCCACAAACUUUGGAAAUUCUAAGCAAUAAGGAAGUCAUUGAUGUAAACCAAGAUAGUCUUGGGCUCCAGGGAAGAAAAAUUAAAGUUUCUGGCAAAGAUGGUUGUCUUCAGGUGUGGGCAGGUCUCUUAUCAAGUUCUGCACCUGAGAUUCGCUUGGCUAUUGUUCUUUGGAAUCGAUGUUCAACUGCUUCAAUGAUCUCCGUAAGCUGGCUUGAACUUGGAGUUAUAUUUGACAUCAUUGUCUCAGUAAGGGACUUAUGGGAGCACAAAUUUCUAGAUAGCAUUAGCCGUGAUUCAUUUGGGGCUGAAGUUGACUCUCAUGACUGCAAGAUGUAUAUCAUGACGCAUAUCCCCUUGUUCCAUUCUGAAUCUUAGACAAUGCUCAGAGACGGGAAGGCCAAGAGAUUUAGGAAGUUGUGAAAGAGCUAGAUUAUGUCAUUACUUAAAUAAAAAGGGUAUCUAGUUUCUCGAUCUCUAUUCCUUUAUGUAAAAGGUAAUCAAAAGUCGAGAGAUUCGUAUCCAACAUGAGUCCUUUAAAUCAACUAGUCUCUCUUUAUAAGUGACUUCUGAGUGAUAAUAAAAUAUGUUGUGAAGUAUUAUUGAAGGGUGUUCCUAUCUAGAACCUAUCAGUUA